ACACUCUGCACAUAUUUUUUUUUGAAGUACUAAUUAAAUUACUUUCUUCUCGAAAACGAUGCAACCAAGACAAACUUUCACACUCUCUCUCACCAUUUGUGCAAAAUCUUUAAUUUUCUUCCUCUCAGAUUUGUCUGAACGAAACUCACUUUAUCAGGUUUCUCCUUCAAUAAGCAUUUUUGGAUUCGUCCUAGUUCUCCUUUUACCCCCCCCCCGUUAAGUGAUUGGCCAAGUACCUUCAAUAAGCGUGCUGAAAGCUACUGCUCACACUCUGUUUCUGCUCAAAAAAAAAAAAAAAACGAAAAACCUCAAAGCUUAUCUUUUUUUUUUCUUUCUCGCAUGGGUUCUUUAGUUCCUUCUGUUUCGUAACCAUUCUGAGAGAUUUCCGGGUAAAACAAAUCCAAAGUUUUGACUUUAUAUAUUCGAAGAAAAAAAUGGUUCCUUCUAUUCUGGAGAAGAUGGGAUGUUCAACCUCAAAACCAUCGACGAAUAAGAAGAAGAAGAAGAAGAACGAGCCGCUGCUUCUAUGUAAAGAAAGGAAGAGAUUCGUCAAACAAGCCAUUGAUUCCAGAUGUGCUCUCGCCGCCGCACACGUGUCCUACACCCGUUCCCUCCGUAACAUCGGAGCUUGUCUCCGUCAAUACGCCGAGGCCGAGACUGUACCCGCCGUGGCUUCAUCUCCUUCUUCUUCUUACCCUGACGACGACGACGACGACUCGGUUGACUCGCCGUUGAGUCACAACUCGAACCCUAAACCUCUUUUGAGUCUAAGCUACACCAAGUCGACGCCGGCGGCUGAUUCCACAGUGACUUUCACGAUUAACCCACUCGAGGAAGACGCAAUGCCGGAGUUAUCUCCUCGGCCGACGCGUCCUCGCCGGCCGGAGACGUAUUCUUGGGACUACUUCGACACUUGUGACGAUCUCGAUAGCUUUAGACUGACAGAGAUUGGUUGUGAGAAUGUAUCAGUUACAGGGUUAGAGAAGAGUAAUGUAGAAGAUUUAAAUAAAACAGAGCAGAGGAAACAGAGCUGUGAAGAUGGUGAAAGAGAAGAUCCAUCAGAGUUUAUUACACACAGAGCUAAAGACUUUGUGUCAAGCAUGAAAGAUAUAGAGCAUAAGUUCUUCCGAGCUUCUGAAUCUGGUAAAGAGGUUUCUCGUAUGCUUGAAGCUAACAAACUCAGUGUCCGUUUCACUGUUACCCCAGGAAAGGGAAACUCAGUUGCGUUUCUCGCAGCUUUGAAACGAGCUUGUUGUAAAGGGAAGGAGAGUCACUCACCUCUUUUUAAAGAGUCAUCAUUGCCCCAACCAGUUACUAAAGUUAUUGUAUGGAAAAGAACAUCGUCUUCAAGAUCCUCCACUUCUAGAAAUCCAUUGAUUGAAACACCAAAAGAUGAUGAAGAUGAUGAUGAAGAAAGUGGAAGUGAUUUCAUGCAAGAGUUCUGUAUGAUCUCAGGAAGUCACUCCUCUUCUCUUGAUCGUUUGUACGCUUGGGAGAGAAAACUCUAUGAUGAAGUCAAGGCGAGUGAGAUGAUUAGGAAAGAGUAUGAUCGAAAAUGCGAGCAGUUAAGGAACCAAUUCACAAAGGAUCACAGUGCUAAAGCCAUGGAUAAAACUAGAGCAGCUGCAAAAGAUCUUCAUUCACGAAUCAGAGUCGCUAUACAGUCCGUUGAUGCCAUUUCGAAGCGUAUCGAGAGGAUCAGAGACGAAGAGCUUCACCCACAGCUCUCAGAGUUUCUCCAAGGGUUGAUAAGAAUGUGGAAAGCAAUGCUGGAGUGUCACCACUCGCAGUACAUUACCAUUUCAUUGGCUUAUCAUCGUAGGAACACGUCCAAAAUAGGGCGGGAAAACGCUCUCAAGAGACGGGUAUGGUCAGAGCUUGUAGAGGAAACAGAGUGUUUUGGUCUAAGCUUUACAGAUUUGGUUAACAGUAUGACUUGCUACGUCGAAGCACUCAAUGGUUGGCUACACAACUGUGUGUUGCUCCCUCAAGAACGUUCUACGAGAAACCGAAGACCGUGGUCCCCGCGGCGUGUCCUCGCCCCGCCGAUAUUCGUCUUGUGCCGAGAUUGGUCGGCUGGGAUAAAGUCUCUGCCGUCAGAUGAACUCAGUGGGUCGAUCAAAGAGUUCUCGAUGGAUAUGGAGAUGUUAGGGGAGGAGAAGGAUGAUCCGGUGUUGGUUUCUGAAGAUCUGUCCAGCGUGCAUUCGAGUUUGGCGAAGCUUCUGGAGAGACUGAAGAAGUUUUCAGAAGCUUCUUUGAAAAUGUAUGAAGAUGUAAAGGUGAGAAGCGAAGAAGCUGUUGUUGCUUACGCUAAUCAUUCUAACUCUGGUAGACCUGUAAUGUAACUAAUGAUUGCCAAAACUCUCUCGAGUCAUUUUGUUUCCUA